AUGCCGGAACUUCCGGAGGUAGAGGCCGCGCGUCGGGCUUUGGAGGAGCACUGCCUGGGGAAGAAGAUAAAGAGAUCAACGGUAGCUGACGAUCCCAAAGUCAUCGUCGGCGUCUCGUCCAGAGCUUUCGAGGAAGCGCUCGUCGGCAAAACUAUAGUCGCCGCUCACCGAAAGGGAAAGAACAUGUGGCUUGAGCUCGAUUCGCCUCCUUUCCCUUCUUUCCAUUUCGGAAUGGCGGGAGCUGUGUAUAUCAAGGGAGUUGCAGUCACUAAAUACAAGCGGUCUGCUGUGCAAGAUACUGAUGAGUGGCCUUCCAAGUAUUCCAAAUUGUUCGUUGAACUAGAUGAUGGUUUGGAAUUUUCUUUCACGGACAAGAGGCGGUUUGCUAAAGUUUGUUUGCUUGACAAUCCUAUUUCUGUGUCCCCAAUUUCUGAGCUUGGUCCUGAUGCACUGACGGAACCCAUGACGGUAGAUGGUUUCUACAACUCAUUGAGCAAGAAGAAAAUUGGAAUUAAGGGGCUUUUACUUGACCAGAGCUUUAUGUCAGGGAUCGGUAAUUGGAUGGCUGAUGAAGUUCUUUAUCAAGCAAGAAUCCAUCCGCUGCAAAUCGCUUCCAGCAUAUCCAAAGAAAGCUGUGCAACCUUGCUCAAGAGCAUUCAUGAGGUGAUUGAGAAGUCAAUUGAAGUUGGGGCCGACAGUAGUCAGUUCCCAGGCAAUUGGAUUUUCCAUUCUCGGGAAAAAAAGCCUGGCAAGGCUUUUGUAGAUGGGAAGAAAAUUGAUUUCAUCAAUGCUGGCGGCAGAACAACUGCAUAUGUCCCUGAUUUGCAAAAGUUAACCGGCAAUCAAGCCAUGAAAGAGGCAGCCAAACCGUCCAAGUCUGCCGCUGCUAGUAAAGGCAACAGUGAUGACGAGUCAGGGGACAAGGACGAGCCUAAGAAACCCAAAGUCGUGAAAGGGAAGAAGAAUACUGCUAGUCGAGCCAAGAAAGCCCCUCCAAAGAAAGAGGUCAGUGAAAGCAUAGAAGAUGAUUCCAAUGAUAAAGAUGAUAGUGAUGGUGCUGCUGAUGUGUCUAGAAAGACUUCAAAAGGUGCUAAAAACAAUCCUGCUAAAAGUAAGCGUAAUGCAAAGACUGGAGGAGGUCAAGGGAGACAGACGAGGGGGAAAAGUGCUCCCGCAAAGAGAAAGCACGAGGAAAGUGAUGAUGAUGAUAAUGAUGAUGAUGACCUCAGCAAGUCGAGUGACAAUGUUGGUGAUGAGAGUGAAAAAGAGACUGAGGGGAUAAGGAAUGCGUAA